CCGACCUCAUAUGGUUCAAAUCGUUUGAAUAGAUCAGUUACGACAAUACAACCUAAACCGAAAAAAGUUACUCCGUAGUUAAGUGGUCAAAUAAAAUGUAACGCCGUAGCUCACCCAAACCCUGUCCACAUACAAUAUAAUAGUAGUAGUUGUCUCUCUCCUCUCCUAGUAGGCAAAGAGGGGCCAAGUCCUAGAAAAGCAAGUUGCGCAAAGUUACGACAUCACAAGGAGGAAUACAUACACCCCGACUCUCCGCAGAAAGCCAAAGCUCAGCAAUUGUAAGAGAGAGAGUGCUACCGCCAUUCAAAUUCCUCUUUCUUUCUCUCUCCUCUUUUUUGAUUUUCCCUCCGUGAAUGUCAAAGGUCGCUCUACUCUAACCCUAAUUCUUCGAUAUUCCUUCGAUUUUCAUUAAUGGCGUCAAUGGCUCUUCGCUGUUUGUCAUCUUCUUCUUCUUCCUCUUCUUCUACUUCCUUUUGCCCUACUUUUGCCCCGCCUCCUCGCUCGCCGCCUUGUCGCAUCUCUCUUCCUUUUUCCGUUAAAUGUAAUGGUUCGGAGCCGUUGAAGACGGUUAAUGGACGACCAUCAGUCCCAAUCCUGGACGAGCAGUCGCUGCCAAAAUUCCUGCACUCGAGACGCUUGGAGAAUUCUGUAAAUAGGAGUAAUACAAGGCUGAAACUGUUUUCAGGGUUGGCAAAUCCUGCUCUGGCUAAGGAAAUUGCUUGGUAUAUGGGUCUGGAGUUUGGAAAGGUGAAGAUAAAACGGUUUGCAGAUGGCGAGAUUUAUGUGCAGCUAGAAGAGAGUGUCAGAGGGUGUGAUGUAUUUAUCAUUCAACCAACAAGCCCUCCGGCAAAUGAAAAUCUAAUGGAGCUUUUAAUUAUGAUAGAUGCUUGUCGUAGAGCAUCAGCCAAAAAUAUCACCGCAGUGAUUCCAUAUUUUGGAUAUGCUAGAGCAGAUAGGAAGACUCAGGGCCGUGAAUCCAUUGCUGCCAAACUAGUUGCAAAUCUCAUUACAGAGGCAGGUGCUAACAGGGUGCUGGCAUGUGAUCUCCAUUCUGGGCAAUCGAUGGGAUACUUUGAUAUUCCUGUAGAUCAUGUAUACUGUCAGCCCGUGAUACUUGAUUAUCUAGCCAGCAAGGGUAUCGCUUCAAGUGACUUGGUUGUAGUUUCCCCUGAUGUUGGAGGGGUUGCAAGGGCCCGUGCAUUUGCCAAAAAGCUGUCUGAUGCACCUUUAGCUAUUGUGGAUAAAAGACGGCAUGCACACAAUGUAGCUGAGGUGAUGAAUCUUAUUGGUGAUGUGAAAGGGAAAGUUGCUGUUAUGUUGGAUGACAUGAUUGACACUGCUGGUACCAUUACAAAAGGUGCAGAAUUGCUGCAUGAAGAGGGGGCUAGAGAAGUCUAUGCUUGUUGCACUCAUGCUGUUUUUAGUCCACCAGCAAUUGAGAGAUUGUCCAGUGGUUGUUUCCAGGAAGUGAUCAUAACAAACACACUUCCAGUGGCAGAACAGAACUUCUUCCGUCAGCUGACUGUUCUUUCGACAGCAAACCUUUUGGGGGAAACCAUUUGGAGGGUUCAUGACGACUGCUCCGUUAGCAGUAUAUUUCAGUGAAAUUAGUCAGUUCUUUCGACAGCUAACCUUUUGGGGGAAACCACUUGGAGGGUUCAUGACGACUGCUCCGUUAGCAGUAUAUUUCAGUGAAAUUAGUCAGUCCACCAACAUAGUAGCGUAUCCUAUAGAGCCAAAUCUUUUGUAGGUGCCAUCUGUUUCUUUGGUGUCCUCAUUAGUUUCUUGCCUUCAUAAAAAUACAGGGUCGAUGUAAGCUAGUUAUUAUUCGAUGUAGUACAAAGAGUAGCAUAAAUAUUGUCGGAUCAAGUUCCCCACUUCCCCUUGGGUGGUAACAGGCAUUCCUAAUUAUUUAGGAUUGCAUUUGUAUAUUUUUAGUGUCGCUUACAGUUAAAUUCUAGAUUUGAGUUCAAGCCCAAGGUUUAUUUUUUGUUGCAUUUUGAA